CCGCCUGCUCCUAGGGGACACCCGGAGGCCCCCGUCCCGCCGCCGCCUGCAACUACGAGGGCAUCCCGGGGCCAUCUGGAGUCGCCCGGACCUGAGAGGCUGCUGCACUGGUCCUCAGCCACCCCUCCGGAUGCUGGUGCUGCCGUCCCCUCAGCCCCUGGCACUUUCCUCUAGUGAGGCCAUGGACGACCCUCCCCGUCGGAAAGGCCGGUCCCCAGAACCUGGACCUUCCUCCUCCACAGGAUCUCCCCAGACUUCGUCCCCUCCGAGGCCCAAUCACUACCUGCUCAUUGACACCCAGGGUGUCCCCUACACAGUGCUGGUGGGUGAGGAGUCACAGAGGGAGCCAGGGGCUGACGGCACCUCAGCCCAGAAAAAGUGCUACAGCUGCCCCGUAUGUUCAAGGGUCUUCGAGUACAUGUCUUACCUUCAGCGACACAGCAUCACCCACUCAGAGGUGAAGCCCUUCGAGUGUGACACCUGUGGGAAGGCAUUUAAGCGGGCCAGCCACCUGGCCAGGCACCACUCCAUUCAUCGGGCAGGUGGUGGGCGGCCCCAUGGCUGUCCGCUCUGCCCUCGCCGCUUCCGGGAUGCAGGUGAGCUGGCCCAGCACAGCCGGGUGCAUUCAGGAGAGCGCCCGUUUCAGUGCCCACACUGCCCUCGCCGCUUUAUGGAGCAGAACACGCUGCAGAAGCACACUCGGUGGAAGCACCCGUGA